AUGCGCCAAGGAACAAUUAUACUCACAAGCCUGCUGCUCAGCCUCCUGGCGGCGGGCGCGGAUGCCUUCUCCUCGCGGAGACACUUGCAGCAGUCACAGACGACUCUGUCGGGCACGGCCAUCGUGAUUUCUCACGAUCAAAAGGGCCUGUCCAACAAGCGGUUGCUCGCGGUGCACACCCCUGCUGGCAGGCGGGUGCACGUGCAGCUUAGGGAUGCCAAGCAGCUGGCGGGUAUCCACACCGGCAUGCACAUCGAGGUGUCGGGGCGGUGGCAGCAGGCGGCGGCAGCGGCUGGCGGCAUGCAAGCCGCCGCCGCAGGUGCUGGCCCUGCCGCGGGCUCGAGCAGCUUCCAGGCGGCCACCAUCCGCCAUGCCUCUGGAGCAGCCUUUGCAGCCCCCAAGGUGGCCAACGCUGCCGGCCAGAUGAUGGCAGCAGCAGCAGCAGCCACGACAACCCCCGCCGUCGCCCUCAGCACCAACCAGCUGAUCACUAGUGCCGUCAACACCAUCGUCGUCCCAAUUGCGGGCAUGGCUGACAGCACCACCGCCUGCCCCGGCACCGCGCUGCCCAAGUUCAGCGUGGAUGAUGUGAAGAAGGCCGUGUUUGCAGAGUCCAACCCCAGCAGCCCCACCGUGGGAUCCACCUUCAACAAGUGCUCCUACGGCAAGACCAAACUGACCACCGCCAACAGCCGGGUGGCAGACCUGGUGCAGCUGCCCUGCAAUGGCAUCACCAACGAUGUGGCCUGGACCUUCAGCAAGUGUGAUUUUGACGACUUCAAUGGCUAUGCCGAUGCUGCCGACGAGGUGCUGCGCGCCCGCGGCGUCGACCUCUCCAAGUACAAGUACAGGGUGUACCUGGUCCCUCCCGGCGCCUGCCCCUUCGUGGGCCUGGGCUAUAUUGGCUGCGACGGCAGCUACGACUGCCGCGCCUGGAUCUCUGGCGAUUUCUGGGCCACGCCACAAGCAAUCGCUCAUGAGCUUGGCCACAACCUGUUCAUGGGCCAUGCUGGCUCCUUCAACAGCGCAGGCGUGUUUGACGAAUAUGCCGACAGCAGCGGCCUCAUGGGCUACUGCUGCACGGAGCGCUGCCCCAACACGCCGCAUGCCUGGCAGAUGGGCUGGAUCAGCGUGCAGCAGCUUGACGGCAGCAGCCUCAAGGCGGGCCAGACAGUGACCGCCACGCUGUCCAGCCAGGCCGUCUCAGCACGCAGCGGGAUGCGCAUCCAGCCCAGCUGGACCGCAGGCGUGGACCCCAUUUUCCUGGGCUACCGCACCAAGGCGCUUGGGGAUGCAGAGCUGCCAGCUGAGGCUGCCGGCAAGGUGCACCUGCACACCUCGGCCAUCAGCAACUCUUAUGAUGCACAGGUCACCAUCUGGAAGGCGGCGCUGGGCAGCGCUGGCCAGGCCUGGGAGCACUCUGCAGCCGGCCUGGUCGUGCGCCUCAAGGCGCUGACGAGCAGCAGCGCCACGGUGACUGUGUGCCGCAAGGGUGGCGCCGAGUCCGUUGCCACCUGCGCAGCAGGCGUGGACAACGACUGCAACGGGCUUGCGGGGGCGCGCGACCCUGCUUGCGCCAGGCUCUCCAAGCGUGUGCGCAGGAGCUCAAGAGUCCUUUAG